AUGGCCUCAGCCAGCACGGCGUCCAAGCCGAUCCAGAAGAUCCUGGACUCAACCCGAGUCGCCUCGUUGAAGAAAUUCGUACGACACCCGCCCAUUGACUCGACAAAGCCGAUUCAAGGAAAGAUCCGAGAGGCGGGCUCGAAUGCAUGGAAGGAACACUUGCAGCGUGAGAGCGUGCGGUUGCAGAAGGCGCUGAAUUCGAUCUCGCAUGGAAAGCACAUCUUCGUCUACCACAAUGUUCAGACGAAGCAGGUUGUAUACUCUUUGACUCGGUAUCUGGAGGAGAACAACGUUCUGCGCCAAAUGGUCUACCACGGCAAGAAGACUGUCCCCGCCGAGCUACGCCGGGAUAUGUGGACUCCAUACUACUCCGUCCACUUCGGUGAUGCUCGCCUUGGCCUCCGCGCCUACCAAUUGCUCCGCGAAUUCUCGAUGCGACGACAAUUUUCUCCUCCUCCCGAGAUGAUCACAGUCACCGAAGAAUUCCUGGCCUCCAGACGACCCAAGGACCCCUCCGCUGCGGAGGAGUUCGACAGGCUGAAUAAAAAGAGGAUUGGCUGCCCAAUGGAGAAGAGGGAGCGCGCGCGAGUCCUCAUGGACCAGAAGGCUACCUCGGUUGCCGAUAUCGCUGCAGUUCUGGAGAUCCAGGAGAAGGAGAUUGAAAACGGCAUUUUGGACAAGGAGCAAUGGCGCCAGAAGCACUACCGCAGCCAGAAAAGGCGUCAGCGGGCGGCUAUCGCGCAGGAGGCCGAGCGGGAUGAGCAGAACCAGGCCCGCAUUCAGGCGCUCGAAGAGCAGCUGAGCGAGCGUGAAGGUGUUGAGGUGAAGAUUGGCGAGAUUGGUGACUAUCCGGAUACCCCGGGGGAUGUUAAGAUUCUCUGGCGCGAUGUGCACGAUGCCAACUAUGCCGCAUCGUGGCCUGACAAGGUCCAGCAUGGCGAGCUGGAGGUGAAGCGUGACAACAUCAUUGGCGGCGAGCGCCCUCAUGGGAUCUCCCUGGAGGUCUAA